AUGGCCAAGUUAUCAUGUUCUCAUUUCCUCGUACUCAUGCUUGUGUUCUCAGCUUGUUUAAUGGUUGAAAUCGCUGAGGGAAAGCUAUGUCGUUUGACCAUUGAUAAAGGUACACCAUGUAACCUUGUCGAUUGCCGUUUCAGCUGCUAUACGGAAUACAACGGCGUUGGAAAAUGUUUAGACGAUCCUAAAGUUCCCGGGCGUGAUAAUUGUGGUUGUGUCUAUAAUUGUUAG